AUGAAAAAGAGAAACUCUAAGAUAGAUACUGAAUUGGUUAUGUACACAGAGAAGUUGGCUGAUAUAAUAAUAGCUUGGAUUAACGCAUUACCACCUCAAAAAUUUAACAAAUCCAGAAAGAUCAAAGAAACAUUAGGCAAUAAGCUUGUCGAAGAUAUUAUAGAUCAAGUUAAAUUAGAAAAAAUAGCUCCAGAAACUGGCAUGGAAAAAGACAAAUAUUUGUGCUUUUUUAUUAACAGAUGGCUUCAUAGAUAUGAUUAUUUUGACACUAUUAACGAGGCAAAACCAUACGUUAAUCUGUUAAUAGAAAAAAUAAAAGAUAUAUCAAUCCCAAAUUCUUUAAAAUAUCAAAAAGAUAGUGAAAAAGAACUACCAGAAAUUAGAUUUAACGAAAACGUAUCGGCUCAACAAAAAACUUUAGAAUCUCAUGAGAUGAAUAAGCUUAGCAGUGAAAUCUCGCGUUGGGUAAAUGAACAACCAGUUCAAUAUUUUUUAAAAAACAUAAAGACUGUAACAAAAGAUUUGAACCAAAAAUUUGCGUCACGAUUGCAAGAUCCAAUGAAUACAUCACGAAAACCAAUCCCAAACGAAAUUAAAGGUUGGUUAAAUGAAAUAAUAAGACCAGAACAUAAGCGAAAUAUACCAGCACUAGCAGAAACGCUUAAAAGUAGGAUUGAUAAUUUAAUUUGUGAUAAAAAUGUUAUUCAUGAACACCAAGAAAGUAACCAAAUAGUAGAUGAAAAUCUCUGUUGUGACGAAAAUAUAACAGAUAUAUUCACAGUUAGUCUUGAAAAAACAGCCAAAGGAUUAAUAGCUAAAUUCGUAGAACAUAAAUACGAUUCCGAGAAUUUUAUAGCAAGAGAAGCAUGUGCCCAACUUAUCAAAAGGGAACUUCAAAAAUUAGGUGCUCUUUCCAAGUCAGAUCCAAACAUGUCAACAGACAUAGAAGAACACGAAACUUCUAUUGAAAAGUUGUCAAAAGAACUGCAAUAUAUUAGGAUUAUAUCUGACUGUUUCAGAAAGCUACCAUUACAAGAAUCUUUCAAUGAAACAGAAAAUUCGUUUCGAGCUGAACAUGUAAACACGCUAGCGAAAAUUAUAAAUGACAUUGAUGAAAACAAACAAGAAUUACCACCUGAGAGAGAUUAUAAUUACCAUCUUACAUUAAAAAUAACAGAAUUCUUUAAAACAGUUCAUAUACCAUCACAAUAUGAAAACAUGAUGCCAGUAUUGGUAAAUGACUUAGUUAACAACAUACUUGCCGUUCAACGGCUUUCUCCCUGUUGCUCAACAAACACCGGUGUUUUUGACCUAACUCUAAGUGAUUAUAUAGAAGCUUAUAUUCGUGAAAAUGAUGAAGAAAUUUUCGACGAUGAUCUCAAGUUGGAGGCUUGUAUUUCGCGACUUUUUAGCGAAAUAAAUACGAUGACUAAUAAGAAUUCUGCCGCUUGCAGGACAUCGUGUGUUCCUAAUAAUAUCGCUAACAGAUAUAUGUCGUCUAAUGAAACGAUAACUCAUUUUACACUUAAGAUGGAAUAUGCCAAUGAGAUUACAAACUGGCUAAACAAUUUACCUUUAUUACCUCUAAGAAAUAAAGCUUUUCAAAAUCAAUUAGUUUCUAUGGUAAACAGCUUAGCUGAAAAAAUGUCAGAAAGCAACCGACUCACAAAUAAAAAUCCUCACACGGAUAUUGAUAGAGAUUUGAUAGAUUAUGUGUCUAAUUGGAUAUGUAAUCUUCCACUGGAUCCAAAUAAGGAAAUCGCUUUUGUUGUUGUGAUACAACAAUUAAUUAAUCGAAUGAAUCGAAUCAGUAACAGAAAUAAAGAACAAAAAUAUAGAAAAAAACAAGAAGUCACGACAUAUAGUAUAGAUAAAAAAACUUCUAGUAACGUUUGUAAAUAUCCAAAUUCUUGUCGUACUAAAGCUAACAUUUCCCUACAAAAUCGUGACCCUGGAACAGCUAUUGUAGAGAUUAUAGAAGAAUGGUGUAAUAAUCUCCCUGUGAAAGCAGAAAAUGAUAGCGCUUCUAAAACGUUGAAACAAAACGUUGCAACUAAAAUUUAUCAAAAAAUGGGAGAGUUGAAUAUGAAUCCCAAAUAUUUUAAUAAUAAUAUAUUGUAUGAGGAGAUGCUGUCUGAAGAAAUAGGCUUUCAGCUUCACAACUUACCCCAAAAUAAUAAACUCCAGAAUACAAUGAAAGAAUUAAAGGAAAAUUUGCUGGACAUCAUUAUGGCUCUUAGAAUCGAAAUUAGAAACAAAACAACAGGAAUCGAAUAUAAACAUGAUCUAGAAAAAACAAUCGAAAUGUCAAUGCCUUACCCGGUUCGUCCCAGUAACCAACCUGAAGACAGUCCAGGUUUUAAAAUAUAUAAAGAUCGGUUAGCAACUAUGUUUAUAUUAGAAAAUUUUGAUCACGGAAAUGAUGCUGUUAAGUUGAAUAACGAAAAGAGGAUAAGAACAGAAAUCGAUAAAUAUUUUGACAACGUUCAAGAUAAAAACUCUAUACCACUCACUAAAGAUCAAAUUUACAAUGAUUUAUAUAGUGCACUUUAUAGCGUUCCAUUUCCAAGUGAAUCGUCCAUGGUUGAUGAAGUUGAAGAAAUCAAGACAAGAUGUGAAAUAGACAAGUGGUUUGAAACUUUACCUUUGAGAGAGGCAACUGGUGUGGGUGAAUUAUUAAAAUGGGAUAAAAUUUUGGCAAUGCUAGCCAAAAGACUUCAUGAAUUUGAAAAAUACGACAAAAAUUGUGAUGAUAAGAUUCAUAAAGAAAUUACUAAAUGGCUAGUCAAACUACCACUCUUACCCCAUCAAACAGAUAAUAUCGACGAUUUCGCAAAUGAUUUACAACGAAGAUUAAAAUCUUCUUUUUCUGACAGGAAACAUGUGCCGCGAGAUGUAAAUAAAUCACACAAAUCAAUUAUAGAUCAAAGCAAAAGUAUUUUAAAUACUGAUGAAGUAAAUCUUCCGCCUUCAGAAUCGAUUUACAAUCAAACAUCUCCAAUUCAAAAAAAUAAGAAGCCAGCAGACAUAAUUCUCGAUAUUGUAGAAUCUUGGUGUUACCAACUUCCUUUGCCUGCAAAUACGUCGCAAGAAAAAGAGGAUGUAAAAAUAAUAAAAGAUGAUCUUAUCGUUAAAAUCAUUAUGAAAAUAAGUGAAAUUAAUACAAACCCUGAAACGUUUAAUGACGACUUCUUAUAUAAUACAUUGCUAGAUGUUGAACUCGAAAAUCUAAUGGCAGAAUUACCUGCAUCUUACGAGCUUAAUCACAGUAAAGAUCAUAGAAAAAAUCAAUUAAAAGAAGCUAUUAUAUCCGUAAAACCACUUAUUAUAGAUGAAAAGGCAAUGUAUGCAUAUAAAAUAGAAAUAAAAAAUACGAUAGAUAAAAUUUUAAAAGAUCCAUUUGAUAAAAAUACUGAAAAAAAUAUAUUAUUCAGUAAUUUAAAAGAAGAAAUUGCGGAUCAUUUUAUUAUUUACAAUUUUUAUAAGUUUGACGAAGAUAGUAAUUGGAAAUAUAAAAACUUAUUUAAUUGUUCUGUAGAGAAGUACUUUACAUUGUUGGAUAGUAAUAAAGACGAAAGUAUAGAUGUACAUCGUGAUACAUUGCCACAAACCAAUCAAUUACUAUGUGAGUUGUCUAAAAUUCCUACUCCUGGAGAAAGUUCAAUCCUGGAAGAAAUACAAGAAAUUGAAAUCAAAUUUGAAUUAACUAAGUUAUUUGAUAAUCUUUCUUUAAGUCAAGAUGAAGACAAUUUAGCUCUUAAAAACCAAAUAAAAGUAUCGUUAGCAAAACAAUUAAAUGAAAUAAUAAAGGAAGGCAACGCAUGUGAUAAUUAUAACGAAAUAAAACAAUACGUCACUAUGACUUUGAAAAAACUAGAUGAAAAUAUUGAUCUUCAGAUUGUAGAUACGUUCUUUAAGCGUUUACAACAUUAUAUAUCGAAAAACAAUACAAAAAACUAUAGUUUGUUUUAUAAAGACGUAGAAAAACAAAAAAUAUUAGGUCAAAAUGAUGUUCCAAAUGAGAAAGCCAGAGAAAACCAAUGGUUUUCCUUGUUACCAGAAACUCCAAAAUCAUCAGACCACCGUGAUCAUUAUUACAAUGAACCCCUUAAAUUUGAUGAAUAUGAAAAAAGAGGUUUCGCGAAUCCACAAGAAGCACGACAAAGAAUUGAAAGUAGAUUCAAUAACUCUGGCACCAGUUACGAGGAUUUUGCAAAAGGAUCAUUUUUAUCUUCUUCUAUAAAGACAGACACCGAUGCUCAAGUUAAGACAAAACCAAAUGGACAGUCAAAAGCGUGUAGACGACCUUCCAUAACUUUUAGUCCAACAGAAUCUUCUAUACCAGACGAAAAAGACCAGUCUUCUCAAAAGAAUAGUACUUCAAAUGAACGGGUAUCAGAAAAGAUUUUAGAUGAUGCUUGUGAAUGCUUGAACAAAAAAAAGCGUCCAAAUGUUUGUUCUGCUCAUAUGCAGCGACAUUGUCGAAUCUGUAACGGAAUGAAUCCACUUCACAGUCGUAUGCCGCCAUUUCGAUAUCCCAGUUUUUAUUACCAUUGA